CCAAAAUCCCCUGCUCCACGACAACACCCCUCAGGUUCCGCUAUUCCCCUGCGCAGCAAGCCACGCCUAAGGGCCAAGGCGAUUCUGUCGAUUCAGACCUCCACAGCUCCGCCGCCUCCGCGACUCCAGUUGAACCGCACACCGCACACCGCACGCCUGUACGCCGCCGCCUGCAGUCAACCAGCCGCCCGCCUCCCUCACUACCUCAGACCCUCAAGUUCCCUGCUCGGUUGCUCCCGCCUGGCCGCCUCUGGUCCUCCCUCAGUCCAGUCGUCCGGUGGACUUCUGGAAUUCGAAUUGGGAGAGACGCUGUGCUACUGGCAUAGAGCGAAUUCAACCACCUGAUCGGAAGUCGGAACUUUCAACAAUUUCUUAACUGAGGGUAAAGAAAGAUGCUGUUUCAGGUGGGCGGGCAGGGGACUCGUCCCACCUUCUUCGAGAUGGCCGCUGCUCAGCAACUCCCUUCCAGCUUGCGAGCCGCUCUUUCUUACUCUUUCGGCGUUUUGGCUCUGAGAAGACCUUUCCUCCACAAAGUCCUUGACUUUGAAGAUGAACUCUUUGCUUUUCUCAUGCUUGUCCUUGAAACUCACAGUUUGCGAACCACAGAUGCAUCAUUUGCUGAGUCGUUGUAUGGGCUAAGGAGGAGAGGUGUUAACAUACAAAUUACUAAUGAUAAGAAACGUUUGGAGUCAAGUGAUGGAAGUCAUCACUCUGGAUUGGAGAAGCACCAAAAGAUUCUUUCCGUUGCAUUCCUUGUGAUAUUGCCAUAUCUUAGGUCAAAGCUUCAUGCAGUAUACAACAAAGAAAGGGAGGUUGCACUUCAAGCUAGUUUAUGGGGUGAAGGUGAUGACAGGUUUACCAACACGAACAAUCUUGAUACACUUGCAUCUUCUUUUGUUUCUACAACAAAUAGGUCUGAUACUGAAGCAACAUCACCAAGAGAACGCUUGAAAAAGAGAAUUCGGAAGUGCAUUGCUAUUUGCUACCCAUGGAUACAUGCAGGAAAUGAAGGGCUUUCAUUUGCUUACCAGCUAUUAUUUCUACUGGAUGCUACUGGGUUCUACUCUAUAGGAUUGCAUGCAUUAGGCAUUCAAGUUUGCCGAGCAACAGGACAGGAAUUGAUUGAUACUUCUUCUAGAAUUUCCAAGAUAAGAAAGCAUGAACGCGAGAGGCUCCGUGGCCCCCCUUGGCUAAAGAAAAUACAAGGUGGGUUACUUGGUUUUGCAUAUGCUGCUCUUGACUAUGCUCAAACUGGCCUAAUUGCUGCAGUAUUUUUCUUUAAAAUGAUGGAGUGGUGGUAUCAAUCAGCUGAAGAGCGAAUGUCAGCCCCGACCAUUUAUCCUCCUCCUCCACCACCACCAGCCCCAAAGGUCGCUAGAGAUGGUAUUCCUUUGCCUCCAGACAAGUCACUCUGCCCUCUGUGUUCACAAAAACGUGUUAACCCCUCUGUAGUGUCAGUUUCUGGAUUUGUCUUUUGUUAUACCUGCAUAUUUAAAUAUGUCUCUCAGUACAAGCGUUGUCCUGUUACACUUACUCCUGCAACCGUGGAUCAUAUAAGGCGACUUUUUCACGAUGUUUGAAAGUUUUGUCGAGUAUGAACAUCUGAGUUUAAUCGAAGUCCAAUUAUAUGCAUUCCAAGGAUAUUGUUGUCGUUUGCAAUUUUUAGUUUCUCUAACUCUGAAAAGUUAUUAUUUAAGAAAUUUUGAGUUUGCACCCAUGUUUACUUUUAAA